AAACCUUCUCACUCCUCUGCCCUCAUUGAUCAGGAAGUAAUUAAGGGCCAGAUGACCGGCGAUGCUCGGCUACAAGUAGUUUCUGUUGCCCAGAUUACUGAUGCUUUUGAUGCACCUGGAGGGACCAAAUGCAAUUCUAAAGUUACCAACAGUGCGCCCAUAGAGAGGAGUCAACAAUCCUGGUCUGGGAAUACAUCUGGUGUUGAAUCGGCAUCUUCAGUGGCCGAGCAGGAUUCUGGAAUUGGCCAUUUGUCAUCUAGUCCUGGGCCGCGCAGCCGAGGUGAACCAGAAGGGCUGUGUCCAGGAGCAGACCUGGACGAAGAAGGACCACACAGUUCUAUUAGACAUGCUCAGCUUCAUAUGUUUUCUAGUAAAGGUGGUUUCGGAGUCAAUGCUAAAGACUUAUCGAUUUCAUGCACUAACGUUGGACUCCCUGACCCAAAAAACCGAAGUUCUCCAGGGUCGGACAAAUCAUCUCAUAUGAAAGAAUUCCCUCCGAAUUGCCUUUCACUUAGAGAAUCUUUCGAGCAGGUUCUUUCUCGUCGGCGUGAGAUUAUUCGCAUGAAUUUCUACUCGGAUGACGAAGCAGAUGAGGAAGGGCUUGAAGCUGAAUCUGAAGAGUCUGCACAUUUUGUCGGACAGACCUGCUCCAACAAUGAUCAGUCAGAUACACCAUCUUUCCUCAAUUCCUUGGUCCUGUUAGCAGAGGACCAGCCUGGCACUGAGUCUCUGCCAGCCACUGCAACACGUUCCUACCAGGGAACUCUCGGCUUGUCAGAACGGCCAUGCUUUAGCAAGUCGAAAGCUCAGGAAAUAGUUGCAGAAGAAGGAAAAUACCCAGGGGAGGUGGAAAUUGAUGCACCAGAUGUGGCUAAGCUUCAGACUUACUAUAAGCACGAUCAGGAGGGCCAAAAACAGGACAUCGUUUCAGCUUUUAUAAGCUAUGAUGAUGACGACGACGAUGAAGAUAACUUUGAGGAUGCAGCUGCUGCUGUAGCAGCCGCCAACUACCACCGGGUAACUACCUGCUGUGCACACCAGGCGGGGCUUGUAAUGGUUGCCGAAUCACAGAACCACUCUGACCUCUUUUGGCAUGCAUCAGGCAAUCGCCGGCCUCACCUGACAACAGAUUGGUCGGAUAGCACUGCCUUUGCGGACAAUGCUGCUGAUGCCGAAGUGGCAGCUAUCGACGCUGGUGGGUCUAACCCUGUGGCUUCUGCUGCCAUCAUCACGUGUGGCUCCGAUGGCCCUGUUGAUAAUGUAGAUGCUGAUAGCUCUUCUAAAAGAAACUGCUCCACCCGAAGAUUUAUCGGACGAGUAGAUUCUGAGGUUGAGAAAGCCAGCCGGUCUAUAUAUCGUAUGACGGAUAUCCGACUUGGUUGUCGUGACGGUGAAAGUGACGUAGAAGAAGGUGAGGACAAGGAUGACGAUGAUGAGGAAUCAGGAUUUGCAACUGUUCGUCGCAAUCUUCCUCCAUCCACUGGCAAAGACUAUUUGGCGACUGAUCCGGAUGGUAUAUAUCCUUAUAUUAUGACCUAG